GGAGUGCAUGUGGACUGUACACACAUGAGUGGAGACACGAGCAGAGGAGCUGUGCGUGGACUGUAUCGUGAGCCUGGACUCUUGCACUGAACCAGCAGAGUUAUGUACUGCGCUCACCCCGUCUCUGGCGCAGGGAACAACUCACUGAUGCACUGCUACAACAUGAAACCAGCUUAUGGGCAGUCUCCUGGUGCAGACAUCGCCACCCAGAACUCAUCUUCACAUCUGUCGCCCAAGGCCCCCAGCAAUGUGUUUGCAAGCAUGUUCUUUGAGGGGAUGGGCAAUUCGCCGGACAUCUGGAAUGCUGUAAAUGGGCUGAACCAGCAGGGCUAUGAAGGUGCACUGGGAGCAGCCACAACCCACCAAACACAGCCGGGGAGUUACAGCAGCCUGCAACCGGCACACGGUCACCUGGACUUCUCUCCACAUUCAGUGUUGGCUGUGGACAUGAACAGGGCUCUCCCGCCCAUGUCCACUUUUCAUCGUAGCAAUGCAGUCUCGCGCACUCAGUCAGUCAACACCUCAGAGAGCUCUGCAGUCUCAGGGAGCCAAGGAAAUGUGUCAGGACCAUCACAGACAGGCGACACCUUGGGCAAAGCUUUGGCCUCUAUUUACUCCCCUGAUCACACGAGCAGCAGUUUCCCCUCCAGCUCAUCCACACCGGUGAGGUCUCCGUCUCCGCUGCCCAAUUCAGCGGAACCUGCAGGUAGCAACAUGUGGCCACGGAGUUCAGUUCAGGCACCAGUCUCACCACAUUAUGAGUCUUCGCUAAUAUCGUUGUCUCAGGUGGAGGAUCGUCUGGACAGACUGGAUGACGUAAUCCACGUCCUGAGGAACCAUGCCGUUGGCCCCACCGCUGGUCUGCCCAGUGACAUCCACGGGUUGCUGAACCAGCCCAACCACGGCCACCCGGGCUCUGCCAGCACCCUGCCGCUCAACUGUCACAGUCCAGCAAUGGUUGAAGCUGUCAGUAUGAACAACAACCACUCCGCCUUCCAGGGCCGUGCGCAAAAUGGUCACCCAUACCCAGCCAGACAGAGGGCCACCCUACAGCCUGUGCAAGGUGGAGGUAGAGGUGGACUUGGGGUUCAGAGUAAUCUAGAGCUUAAGAUGGAAAGUGGGGAAAUGGAAGAGAUAAUGCACACCAGCCAUGGUCACAGUUCAGACAGCCAGAGAUCAGAUGAGGAGAGCGAACACAAGACACAUGGAGAAAACAGUGCAAGAAACAGCAUCCAUGAGGAUGAGGACCUGAGUCCGGAGCAGAAGGCUGAGCGCGAGCGUGAGAGGAGAAUGGCCAACAACGCCCGCGAACGCCUGCGCGUGCGCGACAUCAACGAGGCCUUCAAGGAGCUCGGUCACAUGUGUCAACUACACCUGAAGAGUGAGAAGCCGCAGACCAAGCUGCUGGUCCUCCACCAGGCUGUGGCGGUGAUCCUCAGCUUGGAACAACAAGUCAGAGAGAGGAAUCUGAACCCGAAGGCAGCGUGUCUGCGGAGGAGAGAAGAAGAGAAGGCGUCUGCUGUCAUGACGGACCCACAGUCCAUGCAUCUUGCUUUUCAUCCCAAUCUGACAGACCCGGCGAACCCCAUGGGCCACCUCUGAGCACCUGACCACAUCGAGUCUACCAUCAAAUGCUGAGGGAAGAGCAUCCCAGCUGUUUUGGAUGUUUCUCAUUUCUUCGGACUUUCAGACCGGGACAGUGAGGUCUUCUCUGAUUAGAAAGCGUGAUGCAGUUGAACAAUCAUCUCCUAACUUCCCAAACUGACUCUUAACUUUGUGCCUGAACGUUACUUGUAACAGACAAAUGCAUUGUACGCUGCAGAUGUUUUGUACAUAUUUUGUAUAUUUAUUGAUUAUCCUUCUGUUGGACUAUAUCUGAAUGGAUGGAAACCAGUAGUAGCAAGGUGUCAUCUGCAGUUUUUAAUUUUGGCUUAGCCAGGUAUGUUUCUGACUGACACUUUUUACAGUGUGUCGAUAUUUACUGCAAACAUUUGUGUUUUCCACCGAGCUCAGAUCCACAUUCCCACAUUUGUGUGUUCAGACAGCAGAUUUUACUUGUCCUGAAGUGCGUGUGUGUGUGUGUCUGUGUGUGCGUGCGCAUAUUGCUGCAGGGGUUCGACCAUUCUGUGAAUGAACAGAUCUCCAAGAAUGUUCUUUAACACGUGGACAACAUCCGGCAUUUGUAAAGUUGUUUGAAUGUUAUUUGUGUUCUUGCACUCUUAAAAGAUUACACUUACUGAAACACUGGUGGACAGGAGCCCUCUUCUUCUCAGUGUAAUCACUGCUCUUCACACGUAGUCAAACAAGAUCUUUGCAUGUUUGAGUUUUUAAUAGAACCUUUCAUUUGUUUUCUAAGUUAUAUAAGUUAUCUUUUAUACAAAUGUUGUGAAUUUGAUGAUGUGUAUUUGCUUUUGUCUCCGAUUUUACACGAGGCAACACUUUUUUUUCUUUUUUUUUGUGCAGUUUACUAGAUGUAGCUACAGUUCAACCUCUGAGCAAUACAAUGUUACAGGAUGAUUGAUGUCUUGCUUCUCACUCUGCUGAAACGAUAAUACAAAUUUAAAAAAAAAUAUUAAUCCUGAAUGAUCUGAAAUACUCUUAUCAUAACAUGUACAGUAUGUGUACAGUUUGAACUAGCCUACAGGCAUGUGUCAAAAUUAUAUUGUAGCAAUAAAUGUCUUUUUCAAUGAA